AUUUCGUUGUCACUAGAUGAGAGUUAUUCUCGCAAUUGUUGUUAUAAAACAAAUGAAAAUCAUUUACAAUAUAUUAAAAAAGUGAAAUAUGUUCAAUAUAUAUUAGUAAUAUUUUGAAUCUGUGCACAAACGAGAUCAAUUUGAUAUUUAAAAAUGGGAGAAACAUUUUCAAAACGUGAAGAUGAUUCAGCUGAGGGACAAUCUGAAGCAGUAUCACGUUAUCCAAAUUUAAUAGGAGACUCAAAUCCUGAAAGCAAUAAUUUGGAAUAUCAAAUGAAUGACACAGAAAUGGUCUCAUCUUAUUUGGAGCGUGAUCUGACAACACAUUAUAAUGAAUGUAAUAUUUGUGGUUUAAACUUUACAUCACGGCAUCGGCUUAGACGGCAUGCAUUACUUCAUGCUUCUCGAAGAAUUUUCUCAUGCAACAGAUGCGAAAGUUCUUUUCAAACUAUGACUGAUCUUAAAAUUCAUAUGAAGACUCAUCCAACAGUGGAUCAUCCAUUUGAAUGCAAUUUUUGUGAUAAAUCAUUUGAGUGUGAAACUAGUCUCUAUGAUCAUAUGAAAGAACACUCAGGUGUAUAUAUACACACCUGUGAUAUCUGUUUCAAAAUUUUUACACAGAAGUCGUACUUCAUGUGCCAUAUGUGGACGCACACAGAGGGUCGACCUCAUAAGUGCCAUUUCUGUGAUAAAAUAUUUUUAUUGCGCUCGAAUUUAAGGCUUCAUGUCAAGGCCCAUUCUUAUGAAAAUGAUUUUAACAGUGCAUCUUCAUCGCAGAUCAAGGCUUCCUGAUCUGUGUUAAGUUUUGAUUACUGAUAAUACUUAUCACAAAAUUGUAGACUGAAGAAUUUUUACUGUUCAAAGAAAUUAUUUAUAAACUGGCAUGUUAUUCCAAAUUAAUGAGCCAUAUUUUCAUAUCAUUUUAGCAUAGUAUUUUCAUUAUAGUUUAUUUUAUGA